UACACACCAACUCACACUCACACCAAUCCACUGGACAGUGGGAAUCAUGGAUAUCUUCACUGCAUUUCUCUUCCUCACUCUUGUGGUUUCAACCACCAAAGCUUUUGAUCCCUGUGCUUCCCCUUCUUCGGAAUCCAAGGGCUCGGAUCUUUCGGUGAUCCAUGUGUAUGGCCAAUGCUCUCCCUUCAACCAGCACAAGGCUGGGUCCUGGGUGAACACCGUCAUCAACAUGGCCUCAAAAGACCCAGCACGCGUCACCUACUUGUCCAGCCUAGUUGCAUCCCCCAAGGCCACCUCUGUCCCAAUUGCGUCUGGGCAACAGGUCCUCAACAUUGGCAACUACGUGGUGCGAGUCAAACUGGGCACUCCCGGUCAGCUUAUGUUCAUGGUUCUUGACACCAGCAGAGACGCCGCAUGGGUCCCAUGCGCCGACUGCGCCGGCUGCUCCUCCCCCACCUUCUCCCCCAACACUUCUUCCACUUACGCUUCACUCCAAUGCUCUGUGCCCCAGUGCACCCAGGUCCGUGGCCUCUCGUGCCCCACCACGGGUGCUGCUGCAUGCUUCUUCAACCAAACCUAUGGUGGAGAUUCCUCCUUCUCCGCCAUGCUCUCACAGGAUUCUCUCGGCUUGGCGGCUGACACUCUUCCCAGCUACUCUUUCGGCUGCGUCAACGCUGUCUCCGGCUCGACCCUUCCGCCGCAGGGGCUCCUGGGGCUGGGUCGUGGGCCCAUGUCGUUGCUCUCACAAUCCGGGUCUCUAUACUCUGGUGUCUUCUCCUACUGUUUUCCCAGUUUCAAAUCAUACUACUUCUCUGGCUCCUUACGCCUCGGACCCCUGGGUCAACCCAAGAACAUCAGAACCACCCCACUCCUCCGAAACCCGCACCGACCCACUCUCUACUACGUCAACCUAACCGGAGUCAGCGUCGGCCGAGUUUUGGUGCCGGUGGCGCCAGAGCUACUGGCAUUUGACCCAAACACCGGCGCCGGUACCAUAAUUGACUCAGGUACAGUCAUAACUCGGUUCGUGGAACCAGUAUACGCGGCCAUCAGGGACGAAUUCAGGAAGCAGGCGAAAGGACCAUUUACAACGAUAGGGGCAUUCGAUACGUGUUUCGCAGCAACAAAUGAGGACAUAGCACCCCCAGUAACGUUCCAUUUCACAGGAAUGGACCUGAAGUUGCCGGUGGAGAACACACUGAUACACAGCAGCGCAGGGUCGUUGGCGUGCUUGGCAAUGGCAGCAGCGCCCAACAACGUCAACUCGGUGCUGAACGUUAUAGCGAAUCUACAGCAGCAGAAUCUUAGGAUUAUGUUUGAUGUCACCAACUCUCGUCUGGGAAUUGCUCGUGAGCUGUGUAAUUAGUCUCAGAUUUCCCUUUCCCUCUGUCUCACUAUUGUCUUGUGGGUGUUUUAAAUUAUAUUAAAGCAAGUGUGGGCAAUUAAUAGGUGAUGCUGCAGUUAGUAAGUAAUAAGCUGCAGAUAGAGCAUGAUGUUUUGGUGUUAAUGUUGUAUUCUAAAUUUUGAUUGUGAUUAAGAAUGAUUAAGAGCUUGGAAUAUUAUUCAGAAAGUUGCAAUGA